CAAGAGGUGGAAUGCGCGCGUGCCAAUAGAUGUUAAUAAGAUACGAUAGAAGCGAGGCGCGCGCUUUUACUCAGUCAAGGCUCUCGGAAAACAUGCUUAUUUGAUGCCAGCUUUUUGCUCUCUUUUUUUGGACUGAGUUAAAAGCAGCGAUGAUUCGUCCUCUUGCUUUGCGCACCGUAUGGUCUUCGCGCGCUUUUAAUCUCGGCGGCGCAUUCAAAACGUUUUCGUGCUGUUUUUAAUCACCGCUGGAUAUGAUGCCAACGCAAAGACUCGUCUGCAAGACACGGGCACGAAAACAGUGGGACGGUUUCAGGUAGAUUUGACCCGUUUGUGGAUUUAAGUCCCUGGAUGAUGCUCUCGAUGCAAAAGAAAGCCCUCUCGUUCCUUAUUAUCUUCAGUACGAUCCUCGCGCCUCUGCAACGAAGGGUGAGUGGCAACCCUUUAGUGAUGGAUCCUAAUAGCAUCUGCCGUAGGACUAGAACGGUGGUGGGCAGACAUGCUGACAUGUGCCAGUCUCAGCCUGAGAUCAUUCAAGAAGUGGCCAAAGGUGCCCGGUUGGGAAUGCGAGAAUGCCAACAUCAGUUCCUCGGUCGUCGAUGGAACUGCACCAGCCAGAGCAGAAACCUGGCCAAGAUCCUGCAGCAAGAUAUCCGGGAAACUGCAUUUGUGUAUGCUAUCACAGCUGCCGGAGUGCUGCAUGCAGUAACGCAAGCCUGCAGCCGGGGAGCGCUGCCACAGUGCGGCUGCGUGACCCUUCAGACUUCCUCUGAAACUUCCCUCGAGGAGGUAGUCGUCCGGGCUUCACCUGUCCAAGACGGGCACUGGGAAUGGGGGGGCUGUGGAGAUGAUGUGGACUUUGGCUACGAGAAGUCUCGUCAGUUCAUGGACGCCAGGCAGCGAAAAGGCAAGAGUGACAUCAGGACCCUUAUUGACCUGCACAACAAUGAGGCAGGAAGACAGGCCGUACGGAUACAAAUGCGGACCGAGUGUAAAUGUCAUGGCCUUUCCGGUUCCUGCACUCUCCGCAGCUGCUGGAGGAAGAUCCCUCUCUUCCGUCAGGUCGGUGACUGCCUCAUGCAGAGCUUCCAUGAGGCCGUCCGCGUGAUGGGUGGGAAUGAUGGUAAAUCGCUUGUCCCCAUCGACCCGGAUACCCCUCCCCUGGAUGCUAAUGUCCUUAUCUAUUCAGCCGAGUCACCUGAUUUCUGUCAGGCCAAUCAAAGGACAGGUACUGAAGGCACGCGGGGCCGUGUGUGCAACAGCACAGAGACAGGUAACGGAGGCUGUGAGAGCCUGUGCUGCGGGAAAGGAUUCGCAGAUUACACACUGGAAUACGAGGAGAACUGUCAGUGUCGGUUUCACUGGUGCUGUGAGGUUCAGUGCCAGAGAUGUUCCGUGAGAAAGGACGUCAGCCUUUGCUUGUGAAGUCCACUCCGUUACCGUUAUCUAGUAGUUGUGUUUGAGCUGAAAGGGCACGAUUGCUUUCUCUCCCGUGUACAGGAGUGUCUUCUGCAGAACGAAGGCUUGUGAAAGCAGGUGCUUAUCGUCCUCUUGCUCACGUGCAUUUUUGGAUGGUCCGCAAGACUGAGCGAUAUGAAGUCGGCAAGUCCGGUGGGAGCAGUGUUGCCAGGUUUUGCAAAAAAAAAAAAAAAAAAAAAAAGCCAAAAAUUGGAGACCUGGUUUGGGAAAACAAUGCUUAAAUAAGCUACUCCAAGCAUACCCCUUGACUGCCUAAAACUAAAGGCAAGCCCAAAGAUGUUAAUAAUAAGUAGACUUGGCCAUAGCUGCUUUAGACGAUAAAUACAUCUUACUGCCACCUGCUGGACCUUUAUUAGGAGAAAAUUACUGCAUUAAUGCAUUUCGCUACAUUUUAAAAAAAUCGUUGCAUAAACUGUUGACCUUGACAAUCUUUAGAUACAAGCAUUCUCUAACACACUCCCAAGUUAAAGUGAUGUGGUUCGUGUAUCCUCGGUAUCUGAAAAUGACCCAGUGACAGUACUGUCCAAGGUGCUGAACUCCUGACUGACAGGUGCCUUGCAAACCUAAAGAUGCAGUUAUUACCUGACUGAUGUAGAAUAUGUGCUGGUCUAAUUAUGAAGCAUUUGUUUUGCAUCUUCCUGUAAUUUUCUUUUGUGCCUGCACAUACAUUUUAUAGUAGGCUACACUGAAAAAUGGUAACCUAAAAAUGUGUUUCAUGUUAGAAUAUUUGAUAUUCUGAAAUAUGUUGACAAAAGCACAUAUUAAUAGAUUCAAUGAGGGCUCAAAUGUUAUAUAUAUAUAUAUAUAUAUAUAUAUAUAUAUAUGUGUGUGUGUGUGUGUGUGUGUGUGUGUGUGUAUGAGAUGUAUGAGAAUUUAAAUCACUCAAAACGAUACGUUGUAGAGCAAUAGAAAACACUGUCUCCAUGUUUACUCACAAUCUAUAUAACAUCACAAUAAAAGAAUAAUAAAUAAAUAAUGAAAUAUCUCUUUAAGGUAACAAUUGUGGGUUUAUCUGUUUUUACAGUGUAUAACAGCAACGUGAAAGUGUGCUUUGUCAUCUUAUGCUUGUCUACGAGUGAAUGUCCACAAGGUGGAGCAUAAACCUGGCUCUUUAAUGCCGCAAAAGUGUCUGAGGUUACAGUAAGCAAUGCACCUGUACCACUAUAUUUGUGUAACGGUGUAUAUAAUGAUUUAAAAAAAAGUAUGAAUGAUCUAAAUCAGCAGUGAGAAAUGGAAUUACAAAUAUAUAACUAAAAAAGGUUUUUGUUAUCAUCUACUUUUUGUCCUUAUUUCUCUUUUCGGUUUUCUACAGUAAAAAUCAGUUGGCGUUUUCACUCAGAAAUCGCUAUUAAUUAUAACAAUUAAUUCACAAACACUGACUGACUUUUUGCAAAACUCUGCGUUUCAUGUGUUUUAUUUGCAACUUGCAGGCAGCCGUGAGACAAAUCUGGGGGACCGACUGAGUGCCUGUGUCCGUCAGAGAGAUCUGGUGAGCCACCUUGCUGGCUGAACGAAUAAAAAUGUCGAACAGCUGUAAU